UCUCGACGAAUUGAUAACGUUUAGUCGUUGAUCAAAUUUUCGUUUCUAACAUUUGAAAUAGUACAAAUAUAUCGUUUACCAUUGUAAAUCGUCUAUCAAACAACAGUAUUAUUGUCUACACCUAACGGUUCGCUACGGCGUUACGUCUAAUUCUUGUUUGCGUUUCAUAUGGUCUCGUUGUGAGUUCUCGUUUUUAAGUAAGUUUCUCAUCCGAUCGUCGUUAACACACGCUCAUAGUACCACGUUCUCUGUAAGCUUUCGGUGUUAUUUUCGUUUGACCAGUACGUAUUUUAUAAAUCAAACUACAUGUACUUAAGUGCCUCUCGUUGAAUCAUUGUGCACGCGUAAUGGAUCAGCAACAUAGUUUUGAUGGAUUCAGUCUCAGACGAAUUCUGACGAAUGAUACGGAACGUAAAAUGAUCGCCGUCGAAGGAAAUUUCAAUGGUGGUAUAGAACCAGCCGUUGUUGUUUUGGAAAAGUAUGCUUUUGACGAGGCUUCUGUGUUGAAUGUGUGCAACUCUGGUACGAAAUUAAAGUUAAAUAUGGAAAACGACGUUUACAAAUCAUUCAGUUGUGUGCCACCAUUCAAUGAAAACAUUGCUUUCAACAAGAUGGACUUGAUAUACCCAGCGUCAGAAAAGCAUAUAUUAAAAUUUUCAAGCCAACCCAUUUAUCUGGUGCAAGAAACUGAAGACAUUUAUCAGAAUAUAACUCUACCUCAUAUCUUAAGUAACAGUUUGUCAUUACAAUGGGUGUACAAUUGCUUGGAGUAUAAAUCUGAAAAAGAAAAAAUCAAAUAUGAUACUGCUUCCGAGAAUCAAAAAAAUGAUGAUAAUGAUGGCUUUAUACUUUUGCCAGAUCUUAAAUGGUCUGGUAAGAUUAGUGAAUUGUAUUUGUUAGCUAUUGUUAAAAAAAGAAAUAUUAAAUCGCUUAGAGAUUUAACAGCUGAUCAUUUACAGUUAUUAAAAAAUAUUUUAAAUAAAGGAUCGGCUGCUAUUUUUAAAUUGUAUGGAGUUGAACUAUCUCAAUUACGCAUUUAUGUACAUUAUCAACCAUCAUUCUAUCAUUUUCAUGUUCACUUUACUUAUUUGAUGCAUAAACCUGUAGGAAUCAAUGUAGAAAAAGCACAUUUACUAACAACAAUAAUCAACAAUAUUGAGAUGCAAGGAAACUAUUAUCAAAAGGCCAUGUUGAAUUAUACUAUUAAAGAAAGUGAUCCUUUGUUUAAUUGUUUUGUAGAGAGAGGUAUUCUUCGUAAAGCUAAACCACUUGAUGAAACAAAUAAUUUAUAAGCACUUAUUGAUUGUGAUACAACAAUUUAAUUUAUACUUGUAAGUAUAUAAUACUAUUUUUUCUAUUAUAACAUAUAAUGUAUUAUUAUUACUUGGCUGGUUGGGUUAUUAUUGUAUCCUUUUAUGUACUUUUUUUUUUUGUAUAUAUAUUUGGUAAAAACUAAAAUUAUAGAUUUGAAAUGUUUUACUUGAAUUGGUAAUAAGUAUUGAGUUGAAAGUUCUAUAAAUUAAAUAUUGACUUUUCACUUAAUAUAAAUCAUAAAGUGUUUUAGUUUUUGAACA